UGGAAAUUAUAUAUUUUGUUUAAUGUUUUUCUAUAAAGUUUCGUGCGGUUAUUCUUAAAAUAAUAGCAUUAUUUUUUGCAGAAAAUAGAAUACAAUGUGUGCACAGCAUAUAUUAUCUAAAGGCUACUAGUAAAGAUGGGAUUUCUGGAGGAUACAGUUAUAAUUCUUGUAUCGCAGGUUUGCUUCUUCAUCGGAGGAUGGAUUUUCUUCGUGAAGCAACUGUUCAGAAAUUACGAAAUCCGGCAUGUAUUCGUCCAGUUGGUUUUCUCUAUCACUUUUGCCCUUUCGUUGACUAUGUUCGAGUUGAUUAUAUUCGAGAUCAUUGGGUGUUUGGAUUCCAGUUCCAGAUACUUCCAUUGGAGGCUAGGGUUAACGUUGCUAUUGUUUAUGGUGAUAGCAUUAAUCCCUUACCACAUAGUAUAUUCUUGCAUAAGCAACAUCCGAAUAGUGGCUCAAAAAUGGGUUCAGCCGUUGUCGACUUUAUUUUGGUUCUGUUAUUUGUACGUUUUCUGGAGGAUCGGAGAUCCGUUUCCGCUACUAAGUGUUAGCAAGGGAAUUUUCACAAUCGAGCAAGCCGUCUCUAGAAUCGGGGUGGUUGGAGUUACCGUUAUGGCAAUCCUUUCCGGCUUCGGUGCUGUGAAUUAUCCAUAUACCAGCAUGUCUUAUUUUAUACGGCCGGUAUCACAGAGCGAUGUAUCGAAUAUCGAACGAAGGUUAAUGCAGACAAUGGAUAUGAUUCUGGUGAAGAAAAAGCGUAUUGCUCUAGACCGGAGAAGAAUCAAACCCAAUACAAAGCCAGGCAUUUGGGGAAUGAUCAGCAGCGUGACGAACCGGCCACCGGGGGCGGAGAAUAUAGGCCAGCUGAGAUUGGAAAUCUCAGCUUUGGAAGAAUUGUCCAGACAGUUGUUUCUGGAGGCUCAUUCAAUGAAGAAUAUGCAAGAGCGGGAAAGAUGGGCUGCUACAUUGCAAGGAAAAUAUUUCAAUGUUUUGGGGCACUUUUUCAGCGUGUACUGUUUGUGGAAGAUAUUUAUCUGCACCAUUAACAUCAUCUUUGACCGUGUUGGCAAAAAGGAUCCAGUGACACGUGGCAUAGAGAUCGCUGUACACUGGUGCGGGUUUGACAUGGACGUCGCUUUUUGGAGUCAACAUGUCUCAUUUAUGCUCGUAGGUUGCAUAGUUGUAACGUCCAUUCGCGGCUUACUGUUAACGUUAACUAAGUUUUUCUACAAAAUAUCCUCGAGCAAGUCGUCCAACAUUAUCGUUCUGGUGCUAGCGCAGAUCAUGGGCAUGUACUUUUGCUCAUCAGUGCUGCUCAUGCGAAUGAACAUGCCUGCCGAGUAUCGGGUCAUCAUCACUGAGGUGCUGGGAGGUUUACAUUUCAACUUUUACCAUCGGUGGUUUGACGUGAUUUUCUUGGUAAGCGCCUUGACAACGAUAGUCAUACUCUAUCUGCUGCACAAACCUCCUAAUGUUGAUACGAGCAUGUAGGUUUUUUCGCUUGCAUUUAAAUUGAAAAAUACAUUUCGGUUUAAUUUGAGUUCAAUUAAACGAAGUGAGAAGGCAAAAAAUCUAAUCUGUAUCUAUUUAUUUGUAAUUAUGAUUCGUAACCAGUAGUUCUUAGGCGUAACAAUUUACAUCCGUGCGUUUUUCGAUACAACAAGGGCGAAAAAUAAACAGCGAUGAAAAAUCUCUCUAGUGAGCUGCUAAAUGGCUACAAUAAUUUAUUAGUGUUACGAAAUAAAGUAGCAAAACCGAAAUGAAAUGUAUGGUCGUGAUGUAAAUAAUCAUUCUAUAAUUUGUUAACAACAGGACGUUGAAUGCUUUUUCGGUAUAAUAUAAAUAUCUACAUGAAACCGAUUAAAAAGAACUGAAA